AUGCCGGAACCGGAAACGGUGGAAAACCCCACCCAACCCCCGCAGAGAAAGCACUGGCGGAACUCGACCCCACCACCCCGAACGAAAAACGUUGAGGCGGGCGCGGGGUCUCGACCAAGGACUGGGGAAGGGUUUCCGGGAAAAGAAAAAGAACCUCGCGCGCCGGCGCCGCCCCCAGGGCCCAAGCACCGCAACAAACCACCCCCACCGGCUGCCGAAGCCGCCGCCCGGCUGAACCACCCGAAAAAAAACCAAAAACCAACACCACAGGGGAAAAAAAGCUUGAAAACGCCGGGAUGCCCGUUGGGGAGGGGUGUGGGCGGGGUUGUGGUUCCGACGCGGCCGGAACGGGAACGCGCUGGGCAAAGCCCACCCCAUCGAUGGAGGCUUGUCCUCUAA